AUGUUGAUGGGUGACUUUUGUGACUGUGAUGGUGUGGAGUCCAGUUCGACAGGUAGAAAGGUGGAUAAACCCGAGUUGCUCAAGGCAAUUCGUUUGACAAUCAUUAACAACCUGCUUCAGUAUCAUCCGGAAUCAAGCGCUCAGUUGACUAUGGGUGCUGCAUUUGGUGUCAUGCCACCAAAUCAAACGGUUGAUGUGGAUAUGGAAACUUGUAUCAGUAUUAAAGAUGAUGGUCCCGAACGAAGCUUACUAUACGUGGAGACCGCAGAUCGUCCUGGAUUACUUGUCGAUCUUUUAAAGAUUAUUACUGACAUAAACGUUGCUGUCGAAUCAGGAGAGUUCAAUACAGAGGGUUUGUUGGCUAAGUCGAAGUUUCACGUAAGCUACAAGGGUAAAGCUGUUGGCAAGCCCCUUCAACAGCUCUUUGACAAGUGGAAAAACCUUGCAGGUUCUUACGAAUAG